AUGGAAGGACAACACGAGCAGGUGGUGACCUCUCCUUCAGUGGAGGUGUCUGCAGAGAGGGGCAGACGCGAGCGCUUCCGCCUGCAGAGGAUCAGCGCCGAGGGGGCUGCGCUCUUUUUGGAUCCCAAAGAGUUUCCAGUUAAUAAUAAGAUGCUCGCCUGGGACUCCGCGGAGGGCAAGGAGGCCCUCGGGCCAUGCCGGCAGAAGCCGGUUUCCCCUUCGAGUGCCGGGGUCUGCCUUGGCUCCAAAGACCGAACACAUGUUUUAACUUUCUCUCUCUUCUCCUCACCCCCCCACCCUUGUCCCUUUUGUGAAUUCCUCUUUAAGGCCCAGUGGCUGCUUGCCCAGAGGAGACCAAAGAGAUCGUUCUUCGAGACGUUUAUUCGGAGCCUCAUUAUCCUCUGCGUCGCCAUCGCCGUUGUCCUGUCCUCCAUCGCCGUGUGUGACGGCCACUGGCUUUUUGCCAAAGGAAAACUCUUUGGACUGUGGCACUUCUGCACCAUCGGCAACAACAGCGCCUUGAAAUGCGCCACCAACCUCACUUUGGCCAACAUCGCAGGGAUCAACGUAGGAAUGACUUUUGUAAGGAGCAUGGUGUCUUUUGCUGUUGUAGUCGCCAUCUUUGGCCUGGAACUCCUCAUGGUCUCGCAAGUCUGCGAAGACAUCAACUCAAGAAAGAAGUGGUCCAUGGGCUCCAUCCUUAUUCUUCUCUCCUUUCUGUUCUCAUCUGCUGGAGUGUUAAGCUUCUUAAUCCUUCUAAGGGACUACAUCUCCUUCAUAGGCUUCACCUUAACCUACUGGUGUGAGUUCAUUUCAGCCUUCCUUUUCUUUCUUAAUGGGAUUAGUGGACUUCACCUCAACCACCUGACACAUCCAUGGAACAGAAUGAGAAAAAAUGAACCAUGAUGGUGAAUAUCACCUGUGCCAAAUACACUGAAGAGUAUCUCACUCCUGAACAGUGUUUGAAGAGGACUCCCCCCCCUUUUUUUUAAA